ACUCAGAAUUUCCGUUUAACACAUGUUAUUGAACUCAUUCAGGUCUAUUUCGGGGAUUUCCAAAGUUCUAUAUUUAAACUAUACGUUAUGAGGUGGAUGUAGCUGUUGCUGUUGGUAUUGUUGAAGCCAUUCUCAGACAACGAUUGUGUUGAUAGUGCAGUUUAUCAACUUCAGAUAACGCAUAUCAGGUAUACCAAUACUAUACAUGUACACUACCUCAAUUGGUAUGGCGGACCGUAACGUACAAGCGGAACUGAUACAACUCGUGUUGGAUAAGUUUCUAGAAUUGAACUUCGCACAAGGCUGGCGCUUAUGGUUAAACUAUAUACAUCGGUCGUCAUAUGGACAACAUAUUCCACUACUGUUACCAGAACCAACAGGGAAAAUGAAGUUAUGGGCAAGCCUGCUUCUAAUUCUGUGGUUCGUUAUGACUAUUGCUUGGAUAUCUGUGAUAUUUACUAUGGAUGCUGUCCAAGCCGACCUCACGCCAGAAGGAAGAUUCCGGGAAGUCUACGCAAUUCCAAGAGUUAUUGGAAACAUCAAAGCUGUACUCAUUGCUCUCGCUUCUGUUCGUCUGCUGCAUUUUCUGAAUUUAAUCCCGACAGUCUUAUGAAAAGAGAUUAUUAAUGGCUAAAUUCUGUGAUCAUGUUUUGUUUUGUUGAAUGUAUUCAUGGUGUGUCGACUAAAUCAGAGACAUGGAAAUGCAUUGUAUGUCGAAGAGAAAAUGGGCUAAAUAAACUACUGGCCAAUUAAAAAGCGCAUACUAAUAUGUUAUCAAACAUAUGAUUAUAUUAACGUAUCGCUUGAAAAGUAAAGAAAAUCUAGAAAUAGAACGAUUAGAAAUGAUUCUAUAGAAAGCACUGCUGCGUCCCUGUGACAUGGUGUCAUCUCUUCUAUUGUUAUUGGUUUUAAUUAUACUCGUUUAUAAUAUUAUUGUUUUUGUAAAUAAACUCUGAAAAUCGUAAUUUG